AUGGCAUGGUUGGAAGGUAUCCAGGCAAACGACGAAGAAAAUAUCUCGGAUAUGGAAUCGUCCAUAUCCGAGUACAGUAUCCGUGCAAACGACGAAGAAAAUAUCUCGGAUAUGGAAUCGUCUAUAUCCGAGUAUAGUAUAUGGGAAGACGAUUCAGCAUCAACAAUCGCUAUAGAAGAUGAUCUGUCAUCGAUUUCUUCUUCUUCAACCGACUCCGACCACAUCGAAUCUUGGAGCCGUUCGGGAGGUACAAUACAGAUCGAUUGA